ACUAUAGUCUUGCUUGGUUGAUUGUUCUAUAAAAAAGCAUUUCAAAUUUUCACUACUCUCUAGUUAGCACUUAGCACCAAGCAUGGGUGCCCAAAAAUGUGAAAGAGCUACUCAUCUCCCCACCACCAUCAUCAUAUGCCUUAUCUUUACAACAAUCCUUCAACUCGGCCUAGUCAACUCAGUCAUCCCACCACCACCACCACCACCACAACCACCACUCUUCGCCUGUGACUCAGCAAACCCACACACAAAAUCUUACCCAUUUUGUAACCCCCAAUUGCCCAUCAAUAAACGGGUCAAGGACCUUGUGAGUCGGCUCACCUUAGACGAGAAGAUAUCUCAACUCACCAACUCGGCCCCACCGAUUCCACGACUCGGUGUCCCCGCUUACGAGUGGUGGUCGGAGUCGCUUCAUGGGGUGUCGAGACACGGCCGUGGGUACCGGUUCAAUGGAACUUUUGCUAAAGAUGGGUCGGUUUUGAAUGGAACCGCAACGGUUAAGGCUGCAACCAUGUUUCCUCAGAUUAUUCUUACUGCUUCUUCGUUUGAUUCGCAGCUUUGGUACCGCAUUGCUAAGGCAAUUGCAACUGAAGCAAGGGCAAUGUACAAUGUAGGACAAGGCAAAGGCUUAACAUUUUGGGCACCGAACAUAAACAUAUUUAGAGAUCCAAGGUGGGGAAGAGGGCAGGAAACCCCUGGUGAAGACCCAUUGCUGACUUCUACUUAUGGAGUGUCCUAUGUCAGAGGACUUCAAGGGUAUACCUUCCAUGGGGAUAAGAUAUCAGACCGUCUUCAAGCUUCCGCCUGCUGUAAACACUUCACAGCUCAUGACUUGGAUAAUUGGCACGGGAUAACUCGUUUUACUUUCGAUGCUGAAGUGUCUAAGCAAGAUUUGGCAGACACAUUCCAACCCCCGUUCCAGAGUUGUGUAGAACAAGGUCAUGCCAGCUCGAUAAUGUGUGCGUAUAAUCGUGUGAAUGGAAUCCCUAGUUGUGCACAUCAAGAUUUCCUAACAGAUACAGCAAGAGGAAAAUGGCAUUUUGAUGGGUACAUAGUCUCAGACUGUAAUGCAGUUCCUAUAAUUUAUGAACCACAGAAAUAUGCUAAAACACCAGAAGAUGCAGUUGCUGCUGUUCUUAGUGCAGGGAUGGAUUUGGAAUGUGGACCUUACACACAAACGUAUACCAAAUCAGCAAUUAAUCAGAAAAAAGUUACAGAAAAACAAAUAGACCGAGCACUAAAAAACUCGUUCUCUGUUCGAAUGAGGUUAGGACUUUUCGAUGGUGAUCCAAGGAUAAACGGGUCAUUUGGAAAGAUAGGUCCAGAACAAGUCUGUUCAGAAGAGCAUCAGAAUCUUGCACUUGAAGCUGCCCAAAACAGCAUUGUACUUCUUAAAAACAAUAACAAUCUCCUUCCACUAUCAAAAUCCAAAACCAAUUCAACACUUGCUGUAAUAGGCCCAAAUGCUGAUUCCCUUGAAGUUCUUCUUGGUAACUAUGAAGGUUUUCCCUGCAAAAGUACAACAAUUCUCCAAGCAUUGCAAAGUUAUGUUGAAAUGGGUACAAUAAAGUAUCAUUCAGGGUGCAAUGCAGUUGAAUGUUCAUCUGUUGAAGUUGAACAAGUGGUGGAAAUUGCUAAAGAGGUUGAUUAUGUUGUUAUGGUGAUGGGUUUGGAUCAAACUCAGGAACGAGAGAAGCUUGAUCGUGUUGAUCUUGUUCUUCCUGGUAUGCAGCAAAGUCUUAUAGCAAGUGUUGCAGAAGCUGCAAAGAAGCCGAUUGUGUUAGUUCUUCUUUGUGGUGGCCCUGUUGAUGUCUCUCUCAGUAGGGAUGACAACAAAGUUGGAAGCAUUUUGUGGGCUGGUUAUCCAGGUGAAGCCGGGGGACUUGCCCUUGCAAAAAUCAUCUUUGGUGAUCAUAACCCAGGUGGAAAACUUCCUAUAACAUGGUACCCUCAAGAUUUUACUGAAGUACCAAUGACAGAUAUGAGAAUGAGACCAAACAAAUCAUCUGGCUAUCCUGGACGAACAUACCGGUUUUACCAGGGCAAGAAGGUUUAUGAAUUCGGCUAUGGUUUAAGCUACUCGAACUAUUCUUACAAGUUUACUUCAGUUACUAGAGAUAAAUUCAGCUUGAAUCAGGAGUUUACUUCAGUUUCUAGAGAUAAAAUCAGCUUGAAUCAGGAAUCAGAUGUAAACCAGUUUCUGGUUUCACAGUUGGGUACACAAUUCUGUGACAAACAGAAGUUUUCAGCAGUUGUCAGAGUGAAAAAUACUGGUAAAAUUGCAGGAAAACAUCCUGUUUUACUUUUUGUGAGGACUGAUUUGCAGAAUGAUGAAACUCCCAUGAAACAGUUGAUUGGGUUUGAGAGUGUGAACUUGAAUGCAGAACAGGAAAGUGAAGUAGAGUUUUCUGUGAGUCCGUGUGAGCACCUAAGUAAGGCUAACAAAGACGGGGAAAUGGUGAUCGACAAUGGCGUGUAUUUCCUGGUUGUAGGAGAAGAAGCUUACCAGAUCAAUGUCGCGGCAUAAUUAAGCUUAGUAAAACACGGUUGCUGCUGCAUAAUUGCAUAUUUAUCAGUGCUUUAUUCUUAGUAAAACACGGUUGCUGCUGCAUAACUCGCCCGACCCGCCUUUUAAUCAGGUCUACCCAAAGCCGGUACAUUUGGUACGGUCUUUUCGAGCCAAAACAAGUUUUUUGGCUGGGGUUGGUCGAAGUUGCCCAAAUACGCAUUUUUUGCUGUUGCAUAAUUGCAUAUUUAUCAGUGCUUUUUUUUUGUGUUAGUUUUUAACUGUUCAUCUGUUAGUUCAGACUUCAGAGUGUAAUAAUACUACAGAUACCAGAGCAAUAAGAUUUGUCUAGAGAACUAAUGUCAAUAUUUUAGGCAUCA